AUGGAAUCAACAGUUAUAGACCACCCCCCUGGAGGGGGUUUUGCCCUCAUCUACCAGAAUCCCUAUUUACUGGGCGUCGCUUCGUUCUCAACUCUGGGAGGUCUCCUCUUCGGAUAUGAUCAGGGCGUGGUGUCGGGGGUCAUCACAAUGGAGUCCUUUGGAGCUCGAUUUCCUCGAAUAUACACCGACAGUGGCUUCAAAGGAUGGUUUGUGUCGACACUACUCCUCGCUGCAUGGUUCGGAUCCCUAAUCAACGGCCCAAUCGCCGAUCGACUGGGCCGGAAACUGUCCAUGAAUGUCGCCGUCGUCAUCUUCGUGAUAGGAUCAGCUAUUCAAUGCGGCGCCGUGAACAUCCCAAUGCUCUUCGUCGGGCGUGCAAUUGCCGGUCUAGCCGUUGGUCAACUAACCAUGAUCGUGCCGCUCUACAUCUCAGAGGUCUCCAUCCCCGAAAUCCGUGGGGGGCUUGUCGUCCUCCAACAACUCUCAAUAACAAUCGGCAUCCUAAUCAGCUACUGGAUCGACUACGGCACAAAUUACAUAGGCGGCACACGCUGCGCCCCCAACACCCCCUACACAGGCCCCACAAAGACCACAGCCACCUUCAAUCCCUACACAGACGUCCCCCCCGGCGGCUGCACAGGACAAUCCGAAGCCUCCUGGCGCCUCCCAUUCGCUCUCCAAAUCCUCCCAGCCCUCAUCCUAGGCCUCGGCAUAAUCUUCUUCCCCGACUCCCCCCGCUGGCUGGCAAUGAAAGAACGCGAUGACGAAGCCCUAACAGCGCUCUCCAAGCUCCGUCGCCAGGCCAGAGACAGUCCCGCACUGGUAAACGAGUUCCUCGAGAUCAAGGCGUCAAUUAUGCUAGAGAACACCUUCGCCCGGGACCAUUUCCCGGACUUGUCUGGCUUCCGGCUCCAUGCUGCGCAGUAUGUGUCGUUCUUGACGACGUGGGCGCGGUUCAAGAGGUUGGCUAUCGGGUGCUGUGUGAUGUUUUUUCAGCAGUUUAUGGGGUGUAAUGCCAUGAUUUAUUACGCCCCAACGAUCUUUGCGCAGUUGGGUCUCGAUGGGAAUACUACUUCUCUUCUUGCGACGGGGGUGUACGGCAUCGUUAAUUGCCUCAGUACUCUUCCGGCGCUUUUCUUGAUUGAUAAGAUCGGUCGUCGGAUUCUACUCAUGUCUGGUGCUGUCGGGACUUGUAUCUCACUGGUGAUUGUGGGUGCGCUUAUUGGGGCGUAUGGAUCCGAUUUGGUCAAACAUAAAUCCGCUGGGUGGGCAGGUAUUGCCUUCAUUUAUAUUUACGAUAUCAACUUUUCCUACUCUUUUGCUCCCAUUGGAUGGGUCCUGCCCUCAGAGAUCUUCAACCUUUCUAUUCGCUCUAAGGCCAUUUCAAUCACAACGUCGGCGACUUGGAUGUGCAAUUUUAUCAUCGGAUUGAUCACCCCCGAUAUGCUCGAGUCAAUCACGUGGGGUACAUAUAUCUUCUUUGCGGCAUUCUGUCUCCUUGCGUUGGCAUUCACUUUCUUCUGUAUUCCGGAGACUCGUGGAAAGACAUUGGAGGAUAUGGAUCUUAUCUUCGGGGACACAGCAGCCCACGAAGAGAAACAACGUAUUGUUCAGAUUGAGGCCGAGCUCCGUGGUACGCAGGGGCCCAAUAAGGACACCUUAGUGAAGCCCUCUGUACAACAGGAAGAGUACGUUUGA